UUUUUAUUACAUAACAGACACACAUUUGCCUGUUUAUCUGUUAUUUAAAUAGGAAGUACUUAUAGAGGUGUGGCUCAAUAAUAUCCGCAUUAAAGUGGGAACAGUGACAACCUUUUUCAUCUCAUCGACUGCGCUACAGCAGAAAACAACAACAUGGAAGGGCUCCUGGAUACAGAAGAGUUUUGCUGUUCAAUCUGCCUGGAUCUGCUGAAAGAUCCAGUCGCGAUUCCAUGUGGCCACAGCUACUGCAUGCUCUGCAUUAAUGAUUACUGGAAUCAAAAGGAUCAUUUGGGGAUUUUCAGCUGUCCCCAGUGUGCACAGACAUUCACUCCCAGGCCUGUUUUGAACAGAAAUACCAUGCUGGCAGAUGUGGUGAACAAGUUGAGGAAACUGGAGCUACCAGAUGAGCAGAUUUACAGCAACUUCAUGCCAGGUGAUGUAGCCUGUGAUUUCUGUACAAGUAUCAAACAAAAGGCUGUGAAGUCUUGCUUGGUAUGUUUGGCAUCUUACUGUCAGAAUCAUCUUGAAGCACACUACAAAUCUCCAGCCUUGAAGAAACACAAGCUGAUCGAAGCCUUGGCCAACAUACAGGAGAAGAUCUGUCCUCGUCAUGACAAAUAUUUAGAGAUAUAUUGUCGAACUGAUCAACAGUGCAUAUGUCUUUUAUGUGUGAUGGAUGAGCACAAGGGUCAUGAUGUCGUACCAGGAGAUGUGGAAAGUACAAAGAAACAGAAAGAAUUGGGCAUGACACGACAGAAAUACAAACUCAAAAUCCACUCGAAAGAGAAGGACCUAAUGGAGCUUAAACAGGCUGUAGAUGCCCUGAAAAUCUCUGCACAGACUGCUAUAGAAAAUGGUGAAAAGAUCUUCAGUGAGUUGAUGCAGUCCAUCGAAAGGAGGCAGUGUAAGUUCAGAGAUCUGAUCAGUGAUCAAGAGAAAGCUGCAGAGAGCAUGUUGCAGACACUGGAGCAAGAAAUCAAUGAGCUAAAACAGAGAGAUCGCGAGCUCGAGAUGCUUCUGAAGUCUGAAGAUCAGGUCCAUGUUCUUCAGAAUUGCAGUUCCUUCUUCUCUGGACUUCCUGACCCUCCGUUCACAAUAGCGUCACUUUCCGAUUUCGGCAAAGUAAACGAUGCGAUUUCUGUUUUAAAGAAGAAGCUUGAAGAUGUCUUUAAAGGGGAGUGGCUCAGGAUCCAUCAAGCAGCCAGAUCAAUGACGAUCCUUCACUGCACAGAGCCCAAAAUUAGAUCCGAGUUCCUGUACCAUUCCUGCCCACUGCAACUAAAUCCUUUAACAGCCCAUAAGGACCUCAGCUUGUCCAAGGGGAACAGAGAAGUGGCCGUCAGGAGCCGAGAGCAAUCCUGUCCCGACCACCCGGAGCGCUUUGAUUACUGGUGCCAGGUGUUGGGCACCGAGGGCCUGACCGGCUGCAGCUACUGGGAGCUAGAGUGGAGCGGGAUGGGAGUAAACAUUGCCGUCGCAUACAAAAACAUUGCCAGGAAAGGGGAAAGCAGUGAAGCGCACUUCGGUCACAAUGACAAAUCCUGGAGCUUAUUCUGCUGCAAGAAGAGUUACGCUUUCUGGUACAACGGGACUGUCAGUAAGAUCUCAGAGCCAGGCUCGUCAAAGAUCGGCGUUUAUCUGGAUCAUAAGGCUGGGACGCUUGCGUUUUACAGCAUUGAAGAGUCAAUGACUCUGCUCCACAGGUUUCAGACCACAUUCACACAGCCUCUCUAUCCUGGCUUUGAGUUUUCCUGCUAUGGUUCCUCGAUCAAGUUGUGCCAUUUGGAGUGAAGGCCCAGUAAAAAUUUGGCAAAAGAUUUAAGAUAAAAUAUGUUAACAAGUGCUGAAAGUGCUUUAUUAUUUAACUAUUAACCAACUAAAUCAUACUAACAGAUACGUUAAAUGUUAAAAUGAAGUUUAAUUUUAAACUAAUUUCGAGAGGAGCACGUGCUCAUGAUUGACACAGCUGGCCCACAGAAACUAAUUAUGAUCCUCUAAUCAAAGGAUCCCAAGUCGCUAUAUAUAUCAAUUUCAGUUUUACAACUAUCUUCGUCUGGAAGAAACCCCCCUCCUCUCCUUCUUCCACCUUUAUCCAGAAUGCGCAGCACGGUGGCCCAGUGAUUAGCACUGUUGCGUUGCCUCACAGCAAGAAUACCAAUAGCGUUGAGUCCUCGCUGGGUCAUCUGGUAUUUCUGUGCAGAGUUUGCAUUUUCUCCCCGUGUCAGUGUGGGUUUCGCCUGGGUAACCCGGUUUCCUCCCACUGUCCAAAUAUGCUCUAUAUUAUAAAUAAAAUAAGCCUAAUUUUUUUUCUAAUGUCUUACUCUCAGGAAGUUCACCUUGGCCUCAGCAGCGGGGGAGUUUGAGAUCACCUUGAGCUCAAUUUACCCUCACCCUGUGAAAGGGAGGAGCCCUGGGCCUGAGGAUCCCUUGAGCUCAGGGCUCUCUCUCGGGACAGCACGCCAAACAAGCUAUGUAUAAAUCAUAACUUAAGCGUGAAUUCUUGAACUGUUAUUUAGUAUAAUCAUAAAAGUGGUCAUACACUUCAUUUUUAAAAACUUAUAUCUGACAUAUGACUGAAACCUACGCAAUAAAAAUAUUGCUUAAAUUUAUUAAAUGGUCAACUUAUUCACAAUAUCUACCUUUUAUUUAUUGUUAAACUGAAAGGCAUCUUUCAAUUUCUAAAUAUAUUCAUAUUGCUAACUAUACAGUAUGUAAGAACAUUUUUUUUCUUUAGUUGGCCAAACACUUGUGAUACAUUAAUAUAGAAGAUGGUAAUGUCUUUCUAUUUAAACUACACACACAGUGAACUGCAGUUAUUUCUGUCUGUGGAAUGUCUCUUGAGGUUAAUAUUGUCUGAAUGCCUUUACACAUUCAUUCUUUGUCAGCUCUGACUAAAACAAUCCAAAUAAACGCAUUAUGUUUACCAUUA